CGCUCUGGGGGAGGGGGUGGGGGGUUUCACUUCCGGGACGGUGUUCCGGCCCAUUCCGGCCCAUUUCCACCCCCGGAGCAGGGUUGAAUGCCUGCCUAUACCCUCAGACACGACCAUGGAGAAAGGUGGGAACAUACAACUGGAGAUACCUGAUUUCAGCAACUCAGUCCUAAGCCAUCUAAACCAACUGCGCAUGCAGGGACGUCUCUGUGACAUCGUGGUCAAUGUGCAAGGACAAGCUUUUAGGGCUCACAAAGUGGUACUGGCAGCCAGCUCCCCCUAUUUCCGAGAUCACAUGUCCUUGAAUGAGAUGAGUACUGUCUCUAUCUCAGUCAUCAAGAACCCUACUGUUUUCGAGCAGCUCCUUUCUUUCUGUUACACGGGGCGAAUAUGCCUGCAACUGGCAGAUAUCAUCAGCUACCUGACAGCUGCUAGUUUUCUGCAAAUGCAGCAUAUUAUAGACAAAUGUACACAGAUCCUGGAGGGCAUUCAUUUCAAAAUUAAUGUGGCCGAGGUUGAAGCUGAAUUAAGUCAAACGAGGACAAAGCAUCCAGAGGGACCUCCAGAGUCUCACAGAGUUACACCAAAUCUGAACCGCUCUCUUAGCCCCCGACAUAAUACUCCAAAGGGAAACCGGCGAGGUCAGGUUAGCACGGUGCUGGAUAUCAGGGAGCUCAGUCCUCCUGAGGAGUCCACCAGCCCUCAGAUAAUUGAGCAGAGUUCUGAUGUCGAGAGCAGGGAGCCCAUCCUGAGGAUCAACCGAGCAGGACAGUGGUAUGUGGAGACGGGAGUAGCCGACAGAGGGGCCCGGAGCGAUGAUGAAGUUAGAGUCCUUGGAGCAGUACACAUCAAAACUGAAAAUCUAGAAGAGUGGCUUGGGCCUGAGAAUCAGCCUUCCGGAGAAGAUGGGAGUAGUGCAGAGGAAGUCACAGCCAUGGUGAUUGACACCACAGGCCAUGGUUCUGUAGGACAGGAAAAUUACAGUUUAGGAUCUUCAGGAGCCAAAGUGGCUAGACCAACAAGCAGUGAAAUUGACAGAUUUAGCCCCUCUGGCAGUGUUGUUCCUCUGACGGAGAGACACAGAGCCCGAAGUGAGUCUCCUGGGAGAAUGGAUGAGCCUAAGCAACCCAGCUCACAGGUAGAAGAGUCUGCAAUGAUGGGAGUAAGUGGCUAUGUGGAGUAUCUCCGAGAGCAGGAAGUAUCUGAGCGGUGGUUCCGGUACAACCCUCGUCUCACCUGCAUCUACUGCGCCAAAUCUUUCAAUCAGAAGGGAAGCCUGGACCGCCACAUGCGCCUGCACAUGGGAAUCACACCAUUCGUCUGCCGCAUGUGUGGCAAGAAGUAUACCCGGAAGGAUCAGCUGGAGUAUCACAUCCGCAAGCACACAGGCAACAAACCUUUUCACUGUCAUGUUUGUGGCAAAAGUUUCCCCUUCCAGGCCAUCUUGAAUCAGCACUUUCGCAAAAACCACCCUGGCUGUAUACCCCUGGAGGGACCUCAUAGCAUCUCCCCUGAAACAACUGUCACGUCUCGAGGACAGGCCGAGGAAGAGUCUCCUUCUCAAGAAGAGACAGUUGCUUCUGGGGAAACCGCCCCGGGCUCUGUUUCCACUACUGGGCCAGAUUGAAACAUCGAGGGGGAGGGGGCAGACCCUCUUCCCCUCUGGGCCGUAAGUAGCCAGCAUCAGGGCCACAGGCUGGUACUUAAAUUCACAAAAUUGCCGCAUCACCAGAUCAGAAGAUGCUCCCAAGGUGUUGCCAAACUAGAGGAUCAGCAACAUACAAAAAGCACUAGAGGCUCUUCUCCCCUCCUCCCCACCUCACACUUCGGAAAAUAAUCAAGCAAAUCACCUUCUAAUUCAGGGAUUAACAGCCUUGGUUUGUUAACUUUAUAAAAAAAAAAAAAAAAGUUUUUUUUAACAAAAACAAUGAUAAAUAACCAUUUAUCUACCAGUCAUGUUUGAACACUGUACUUUGGUCCAUAUCAUCUGUUGGCUGUAAUUGCCCAGAUCUAAAAAAUGAGGCAGGAGCCUUGGUCAUCUGAACCAGCCAGCCACAAGAGGAAAUAAUCAUGAUGGUGAUGAUGAGGGGAAUUUUCUUCUUUUCUUCCCUGCCAGAACAAGCAGUUUCACAUUUCAAGAAGAAGGGAGGAAAAAAAGAAUCCUAGUGGUUCUUUUUGUUUUGAAAGGUUAGACUUAAUCUUUGCCAUGACAAGGCAUCUGAUACUUUGCCUGAUUGUUUCAUGUAAGCAGCCGUCUUGGAGCAGUAUUCUAAUGGGCAGCAUCACCUGAAGCACUUUAGGCAACUGGAAGUGAAAUGAGCAGCAGAGUGUUUGCAAUAGGUACUCCUGCUUUGGGGAGCUUGAGUGUUGUGCUGAGGAAGAGGAAAGCAGGGAAGGAAAUGUUUUUGUUUUACAGUUAUUGAACAGCACUGAGCCGUACUGCAACUUCCUGAUUGGUAUUUGUAAACCACAGUGCUUGUAUAUCUUUGGGUGUUAGGAAAUGGCUCUAGUCCAGGUGAAUUAACAUGUAAGGCUGACUACCAAAGUUUCAUCCAGUCUCUUUGGCUCCUAGUUUCACGUAACAGCAAUAUUAUACAUCAAAAUGUCACUUUACAGUGAAAGGAGCCUGGAUUGUAUUUUUAAAUUCACAGGUCUCCAUAUUUGAUAACUUUUAUAUGACAUUUUAAACAUUUUUUCUGCAAUAUUGUGGUUGAAGAAAUUCAACACUAUGGUUCUUAUUGCAACCACAAUUCCAUUUCCUUCUACAUAUGUGAUAGUUUAUAUUUUCAGUCCAAUAGAAGAACCUCACUAAAUCCAUGUCUUAUGUCUGCAAACCUAGUAAUUCAUAAACCAACCAUCAGCAAAUUGUUGAUGACUCCAAGAGCUUUGCUUUUUAAUAAUACACUACAGGGCAUUUAUCAGAAAACAUCAUGCACAAUCACACUGCAAUAAAUUGAUCAAGGGAACAAUUUUGAUCAGGUUUGGUUACUUAAUCAUUCCUAAGAUUUUUAAAACUUCAAGGGACCUUUUUUGGCAAUUCUGGGUUAUUUCUGAGAUUCUUAAUCCAGCACUGAGAGUCAGAAAGAAUUUACCAAACAUGUAGAGCUUUAGAUGCCCUGUCUUGCAUGCAGAGAAUAAAGGAGGAUUAUUAAGGAAUGCAGGCAAAUAGAUGCUUACAAGUUACAAUAAGCAAAUAGAAAAGUGAAAAAUCUCUAGCUUCUUUUAACUGAUCAUUAAUUUUUUAAAGAGUAUUUAAAUAGUAGUUUAAGAAAUUGUUUUGGUGUAGAUAAUUGUACAAGAGAUUUGGGAGAGGGGCUGGUCAUGCCGGCACUGGUGAGCCAUUUGUGAGAACACCAGUAGUGUGCAACCUUCCUGAGAAUGCUUUGAGUGUGUGGGAAAGUGAAUAGGAAAAGAAUGGCAAUGCUUUGAUGAUAGGAAGUUAGAAUACAAAGGGUAACUCUUAAGCAAUCUGAGACUUGUAUGUAUAAAUACAACUGUACCGUGUCACUAAUGAAUGGUUAUUCUCUCUUCUGGUAAAACAGAAAUGCAUCUUUUAAUAGGAGUGUAAUGAUGCUACCAUUUGAUUAGAACCUACCCCUAAAUGUUGUGUUGAAGCCAUAUUUUGUCUUCAGAAUACAUAGGCUAUGGCAGCUCCUCUUUAGUUGGGUAACAGUAUGGUAAAGUGAAAACUGUCACCUACUGUUGUUUUAGAGACCAUCAAUGCUCUGUUGCAUAGAAACUGUGGAGCUGAAAUUAGACUGAAUCUUUAGGAAAACAUUUCAGCUGAUAAUCAAGGCUUUCAGUAGACAGAUUUUGCCAUUACUAAAUAAGCAGAGAAGUGAGAGGUACAGAAUAUGCUGCUUUAGAUGGAGCUUUUAAGCCUACCAAAAACAAAUUUUGUUAAGUCCAUCCUAAUUUUGAGAAGUAGUAUGCUGAAAAGUUCUUUAUUGCUCUGUUAGUUUCUUAGAUUUUAUGUGAGAAAAUAGAGCUUUUUAAACUAUUACCAAAUUAUAAAAGUAAUUUCUGUAGAGAAACUUUGCAGCAUUUGUCAGUACCCCAUCCAGAGUUAGCAACAAACAUUUUAAAUUAAGUAGAGACCAUCUGAUAGAUGUGGAAAUGCUGUGUUUGGUGGGUUCCCCUCCCUUCCUAUUCACUGCUAAUGGGCUUUUGCUGUGUCGAUACUGUGACUAGAGUGCUUCUUGGUCAUCCAGGACCACAUUGGCACAAUCAUGUUUGCUGGUUCUCUCCUCUUAAUUGACCUAGCACAGAGCCAUGAAAUGCAUGAAAAUUCAAGCCAGCCUAGCUUUUAAACAAAUAGAAGUUUCUGAAAGCAAUUUCCCCAUUUUACUUAGAAGAGAUAUUAUUCUAAAUGUCAAAGAUUCACUGUGACAUUGCCUCGUUCUUAGCUAACAUCACUGUAGGGUCAUAGGAGUUAGUAGUGUUCUAUCUACAUUACUGAAUAGCUAUAUUGGUGUGUACACAGAGGAUACCUCUCUUAAGGAUGUACUAAACAGACUUUAGCUAAUGCUGAAAACUCAUUACCAAAUUGUAACUUGCACAUGUCACCUUGUGAAGGGAACAGCAUUAGCAGUGAGAGCUAAACCAUCAAAUACUUUAAUGCCGUGAAAUAGCAAACACUGGGAUUGCUUUCAUUUAUUGAGUGGCACUUAAUAGCAAAGGAGCUACCCAAUACUCAGCAAAAGAAGAGAGAUAAUAUGUUAAUCUACUUUGAUUCUAAGAGGUACCUUUUAUUCUCUCUCAUACCAGUUUAAAAUAUGGCAUUGGCGUGAACAGUAAUACUGUACUUAGGCAGAAGGCUCUUUCUAAUGACUUGUUCUCUCUUUACUCAGAACCAUAUUUACCUCUGAAAUGAGUUGAGUUUUAUUUUACCUGAGUUGCAAACUGCCCCCAAGCCAUUCCAGUAUACCACAGGGCCAAAUCUAAUCUUGAAUAUAGCUCCUGAAGGAUAAAGAUUAGAAAAGAAGGGAGAUAGCAGUUAAAGGAAGUUUUAUUAUUUUUUUCCAGUUCUUUUUACAUCAUUGAAACAGAGUUUUCCAAAGAUGGCAUGAAAGUAGAUAAACCAUUUUCCUACUAACUUCAUAGUUGAAAUCUAGCCUUGGUUGGAAGUGGUCUGAAUGAAAGAAUGAAAUAGUGAACUUCAUCCUUUUUCUUUGGUCAAGAAAAACUUUUGAAAAGUUUUAGCUGUUACUUAUCACUAAUUUUGUUUUAACUGGUAAAAACUACAUUUUGUUUGACUAGAAGAUCUGCUUUAAAGAAAUGAAAGAAAUGGGUAAUGGUAAGGAAAUAGUUGAAUAAAGAUAAAAGUCUUCUUAGUUAAAGUGGAAAGGCAUUUAAUCAGGGAGGAGUUGGAAUCCUGGAAGUUUCUAUUUUUUUAGCUACAGCAGACGUGUUUUUUUUCCUCUUCCUCAAAUAUUUUCCUUAUUUGUAUACUUAUUCAUUUUGUAUUUUGGUUGCUGAAAUUUAGAAGCGAUAACUAGCAGUUAAGCCAGAUGUAAAUCCCUUACUUUGAGAGGAUGCCCUUUAGCAAAGUAUAUCUCUGGAUUUAGGAAUUAGAUCAAGGUUCAGCAAAUCACAGCCCCCAGGCCAAAUCCUAAAGUCACCUAUGUGUGUAAAGAAAGUGACAGUGUUGAAUAGAGCUAGCUACACCUCUUCGUUUAGGUAUUGUUUGUGGCUACUUUCUACCAUAGUGGCAGAAGUUGAAUACUUGUGACACAGACCACAUGGCCUGAAAAGCCUCAAGAUGCUUGCUUUCUGGCAUGUGACAAAAAGUUUGCUAACUCCAGGAUUAGAUUUGAAAGAAUUACAUGUCCCCACCCCCACCCCUGGCAAUUUGUCACUCCUGCCAUUUUGCUUUUAUAAUAGCUUGGUUGAGGUUUUAAAUUCAUAUUGCUGUACAUACGUCAGCUUCUUGAAAGAGGUCUUUUUCUAGAUCUUUGACUCAUAACUCUUGCUCUUUCUUGAAUUCCAUUGCUUUAAAUGGUUUAGAGUAGGCUUUUAUGAUUUGUCCUUUCCUUAAAGGAGCAGGUAGAUUAAAGUUAUGGAUGGUAAUUACAGAUUUAACAAAGUAAUUAGAACAAAUAAUUCCUGUGCAAAAUAAUUUAGGGUUCAGUGUAUACCAUGUUUACGUAAAAUACUGUAAAAAAAAUGCUUUUAUAGGUUUCGCCAUUUCUCUGACUUAACAUAAUGAUGACAAGAGGGCAAGAAUGAAUUUAUUCCCACUAGUAUUAAAAGUUAAUUUCAGUUAUGAAUAAGUGGUUUGAUUCUUAUCCAAAGUACUGUUUUUCUAGAUUAGAAACCUCUACUCAUUUCUUUUCCUAUGUGGAGUAGUAAAAAG